AGCCAGAGAGAACUAAAGUAUCAAAGCUGUAGAGCCUACUGUGCAGAACCCGUGACUACACGGGCAGAGGUUACUGAGGAGCUGGCUAGAAAUUUGCCAGCCAGUGUGCAAAUGACUGAGGAAAAAAAAUGUAUGUAAUGUACUUUAUAAUAGGGCGGGUUACAAGAGAGCUGUUUGAGCAAGUAUCAGAGUGCUGUAGAAACCCGGAAAAGUUAGGCAUAAUAUCAUUUGUUGUAAUUCCGUUUCAUAAAAUGGUUUUUGUUUGACCCUAACUUAACCUUUUUUUUUGUAAUUGUGUUAAAUCACAUUUUUUUCUUUAAUUUGUCCCAAUCUUCAGGUUACAGUCUCUAGCUUCGCCAUGUACAUGGCCCUUCUGUGUACAUGGAUGGGCGGGGAGGUAACUAAAAGAUCCUUUACACAAUAAAGUAGAUGAGCAUGAUAAAUGAGGGCACAGCAUUGUUGGUUUCGCCAUGUACUAUUUUACCUAUGACCCAUGGAUUGGCAAGUUACUGUAUCUUGAAGACUUCUUCGUGAUGAGUGAUUACAGAGGCUUCGGUAUAGGAUCAGAAAUUUUGAAGAAUCUAAGCCAGGUUGCCAUGAAGUGUCGUUGCAGCAGUAUGCACUUCUUGGUAGCAGAAUGGAAUGAACCGUCUAUCAACUUCUACAAAAGAAGAGGUGCUUCGGAUCUGUCCAGUGAAGAGGGAUGGAGGCUCUUCAAGAUUGACAAAGAGUACUUGCUAAAAAUGGCAGCAGAGGAGUGAGGCGUGCCAGUGUAGACAAUGACAACUUCCAUUGUGCUUUAGAAUAAAUUCUCAACUUCCCUUGCUUUCUAUCUUGUUUGUAGUGAAAUAAUAGAGUGAGCACCCAUUCCAAAGCUUUAUUACCAGUGGCGUUGUUGCAUGUUUGAAAUUCGGUCUGUUUAAAAUGGCAGUCAUGUAUGUGGUUUGGAGGCAGAAUUCUUGAACAUCUUUUGAUGAAGAACAAGAUGGUAUGAUCUUACUAUAUAAGAAAAACAAAACUUCAUUCUUGUGAGUCAUUUAAAUGUGUACAAUGUACACACUGGUACUUAGAGUUUCUGUUUUGAUUCUUUUUUAAAAAAAAAUAAACUACUCUUUGAUUUAAA